AUGCCAGCCCGCUCACUAUAUCUUGCCAAGUCCGGCGGAGGCGUGAACCAACGCUCUCAUUUCGCCCUCUUCAUCCCGAACGCAGAAUAUGAUCGAGACAUUAUCAGUGAAGACUUCUGGUCUCUUAAGGCUAUUGGAACAAAGAUACAUGUUGUGGGAGAACCUCUCAUGUCUGGUUUUGCAUUCGAGGUUCAUAGGAAUUACAACACUCAAGCCUAUCCGGACCUGAAGCGAUUAGUCUUUCUUGGGAAGAUCGACGUUUCAAUCCUCCACAGCUAUGCAGAAACUGAACCAGAGAUAAGAGAGAAUACGCCGAGAAGUCUUAUUGAACGACUUGCAGAGUCCGUACCUCCGCCUCCCAAAGGACAAAACAUACGUGCACCAAUCGAUGGGGUGAAUACAAGAAGAUGUCAGGAGUGGACCUUGGAGGUGCUCAACCUUCUAACAGAGAAAGAGUUGGUGCCUCCAGAAGCUGUGAGUAUCCUUCACAAGGAAAGAGAUCAACCAACCAAGGGCAUUUUUGGCUACAAGAAUAAUGAGGCACAGGAUGACGGAGGUUUCAAGGCAAAGGAGGGUCUGUAA